AUGAACACCAGAGCCGUCGCCUUGCCCAAGUCGUUGCCCGACCCAGAACAAUGGGGGCAACUCAUCGCUCGCUACAAGGAGUUUCGUCUCCUUUCUCUUCAACUCUCACCUGAAAGCUUCGGCUCAAGCUAUGCCCGUGAAGUCGCCUUUUCAGAGGAGAUUUGGGCGUCCCGGUUGAACAACCCCGUGGCCCUCAACACCAUCAUUGUCUCGGAGCCCGACGACGGAGCUGAGACUACAGAUUACAUCUCACUCAUCCUCAACUCGCCAUGGCUCGCAGCUCUCACCUUGGUCGGACCCCUCGAAGCCAAGACCGCCGCAAAAUCCUACGAGGACAAGAUGCAUCUCCAACCGGACACCGUCAAUUUCGGUCCUCCCGCUCCUGGUGUCGAUUCUACCUACGUUCUAAACGCCAUGUACGUCCUCCCGUCAGAGAGACGGAAAGGCCACUCGUACAAAAUCAUCGAAUUUGCCAAACAGCUCGCGUUGAAGGAAAACAACGGGGCCAAAGUGACGCUGGCCCUUAUCCUGGAUAAUGGCAACAUGCCUGCCAUGAAAUCGUAUGAAAAGUCGGGUUUUGAGGUUGUGCAUAGGUAUUGGUUUGAUGAUACUAGAGGAGGCGAAGUGAAAAAGACGCGGGCGGCGGUUAUGAGGGCGGACGUUGGAGGAGACGAUUCGGCUUAG